AUGCCAGCCCCUGCCGGUGACUCGGGCGGGUAUGGCCUCGCGCUGGAGCGGCGUGAGGCCAUGAUGGGCGCCAGUGGACCCAAGGCCAUCCUCAAGAACUUCAAGGUUUUCAGGAUUGCCCUCUUCGCCUGCAUUGGAGGUAUAUUGUACGGGUACAAUCAGGGAAUGUUCUCUGGCGUGCUUGCUAUGCCUUCGUUUCAGAAACACAUGGGCGAAUGGGCUCCUUUGGACCCCGAAGCGGAUCAGGCAAAGAAAGGUUGGCUUACUGCCAUUCUUGAGCUUGGCGCAUGGAUCGGAACCCUUCUAUCGAGUUUUAUUGCCGAAAUCCUGUCUCGCAAGUACGGAAUCCUGGUUGCUUGCGCAGUCUUCAUUAUUGGGGUUGUCAUUCAGGCCUGCGCCGUUACGAUCGAAGUCGACCUAGCACACAACGCCAUCCUUGCCGGGCGCUUCAUCACUGGAAUGGGUGUGGGAUCCUUGGCGAUGAUUAUCCCUAUCUACAACUCGGAAGUUGCUCCUCCUGAAGUCCGUGGCGCUCUGGUGGCUUUGCAGCAGCUAUCUAUUUGCUUUGGCAUUAUGGUUAGUUUUUGGAUCGACUACGGGACAAACUUCAUCGGGGGCACGACCGUUGAGACACAGCUUGAUGCGGCCUGGCUGACACCGACGACCCUGCAACUUUUCCCUGCGCUAGUCCUCUUCUUUGGAAUGUUAUUCAUGCCUUUCAGCCCUCGUUGGCUCAUCCACCAUGAUCGCGAGGAGGAUGGCAUCCGAGUUUUGGCAAACCUUCGUGGGCUUCCCUCGGACAAUGAGCUGAUCCAGCUGGAGUUCCUUGAGAUCAAGGCGCAGUCACUGUUCGAGAAGCGAAGCGUCGCCGAGCAGUUCCCCCAGCUUUCAAACCCGACCGUAUGGAACACGUUCAAGCUCCAGUUCGUUGCGAUUGGCAGGCUCUUCCAAACGCGAUCGAUGUGGAAGCGCAUAAUUGUUGCCACAGUCACCAUGUUCUUCCAGCAGUGGACAGGCAUCAAUGCAGUCCUCUACUACGCGCCCAGUAUUUUCAAGCAGCUGGGUCUUAGCAGCAACGAAAUCUCGUUGCUGGCCACUGGUGUCGUCGGCGUAGUCAUGUUUAUUGCAACCAUCCCGGCCGUUCUUUGGAUUGACAGGGCUGGAAGAAAGCCCGUUCUCACGAUCGGUGCCCUUGGAAUGUCCUUCUGCCAUUUUGUAAUUGCCAUUAUUUUGGCCAAGAAUAUCGACAGAUUUGAUUCCCAGAAGGCUGCCGGCUGGGCUGCAUGUGCCAUGGUCUGGCUCUUUGUGAUUCACUUUGGUUAUUCUUGGGGCCCAUGUGCCUGGAUUAUCAUCGCUGAGAUUUGGCCCAUGAGCGUCCGCCCCUACGGUGUUGCUCUCGGUGCUUCCAGCAACUGGAUGAACAAUUUCAUCGUCGGCCAAGUUACUCCAAUAAUGUUGCAGAAGAUUACAUACGGCACAUACCUGCUGUUCGCCAUUCUGACGCUCAUGGGCGCCGGUUUCAUCUACUUCUUUGUACCUGAGACAAAGAGGUUGACCUUGGAAGAGAUGGACCUUGUCUUUGGCUCUAGCGGAACUACCCAAGCAGACCUUGAGCGCCAGAGGGAAAUCAACAACGAGAUCGGUCUCGACCGGGCUGCUGGGGCUCUAGGCACUUCUCAGAGGCCUCACAGUCUGAGUGAUGAGAAGGAAAAGCAGAACGCCGACGCUGUAGUCUGA